AUGAUGUCUAGCUCAGGUAUGAUUUCGAUGAAGAUGUAUGCUUCAUGGGAAGCCGAGAAGUCCUCUUCGAAUGCUAUUCCAAGACUUUGCAGUCUCAGUUUGGUACAAAUAAUAUUGGACAGGCCCAUUGAACCUGAGUGUGCAAACACAGGAUUUUAUGUGGUUGUUCGUAUGCGCGAUACAGCUCGUCGAGUUUUAAGAUCACCGGAAAUCACCCUUAUCUGCCCACGUACUUCACAAUCGCAAAAUGGAUUGUUUAAUGUUCAUUGUAACAGUUUGGUCAGUAAUCCAAAUGAAGUCAAUUACAAUGAAUCUUCUGGUCAGGCAGGUCAGAUUUCAUCUAACACAACUGGAUCCACACCUGGUAGUGGUGGUUCAGUGCUUAUCGACUUCACGUGUAAUAUUCAGUACUCUCAUCUUCUCACACGAGAUUCCAAUACACUGCAGAUUUUGCUCCAGCGCCGUAAAAAGUACAAAAGUAAGGCUGUGAACUUGGGUUACAAGACACUCGCUUACUGCAAUGUUAACCUCGCCCAAGUUUUGCAACGUCGUAUUGAGAAUCGAUUUUUAGAUCUAUAUACUGAUCCGAAAUGUUCUACCCAUCCAGUGGGGCGUAUUGAAGUUUUAUAUCUAUCAAGUUCACCCAUUGAGAAAGACCUGUUGAAUGGAAAGCGUAAAGUUGUAGAUGAAGACGAAGAUUAUCCACUACCAGAUGUCUACAGUGAACAAGACGAUUCAGAUCAUGGUGAAGAGAGUGAUGAAGACCAAAUAGCUGAGUGCGAAAUAGUCGGUCAUAGUCGUCAAAAAAAGCUUGUUAAAGCCAUGUCUGUCGGUCAAAAACAAAUCAAGCAAAAAUUAAUUGGCCUGUUGAAAAAAUUAAAAAUUAGUGAUCCUAAUGAGGUUGGUCUAGAUGUGGCUGCUACAUCAAAACUAUGGGAUGAAAUUGAUCGUAUGGCAACAGCUAGUGAUAUGGAAGAAGAUUCAGAUGCUGAAAGUAUUAACUUAAUCUCAAUUCAGAGUACACCACGUCCAACUCUUCGUCCAUUUUUUGCUACAGCUGGCAGUUCUGAUGAUACAUUGAGUGCGGAUGCCGGAGCUAAACUUCUAAAACGCUUGCAAAGAGAAUUACUUGCCCAAAGUGAAACAGAUACAUCGCCCGAUACUGUACAACUGCGUUCCAUGCUUGCAUCUGUUGGCAAAUCUGUUAGUCUUCAAAAACCGUUUGGAAAGUCUUCUGGGAAAUCUGAUUUAUUACCAUUAGAACAAUUUACUCCACCACCGACUUCAUCUACAGUCACAUUUGCUGAUACUGGGCCUUUACAAUCUACUAAUUCUUCACGCAUCCACCGAAGUGGUGGCCAUAGUAUGAGUCUAGCUGGGGGAAGAUUUGCUAAGCGCUUUGCACAUAUUAGGCGAAGGUCUAACACAAACUCAUCAGCAAAACAUAUUUUUGGAAUGCCAAGAUCUAAUAAAUCCAACUAUAUCCAUGAAUCUGAACCAACUAUUCAAGAAACAGAAAAUAUUAUAGAAAGUGAGUCAUCUGAUGAUCACUCCCCAACUGAAGGGGGUCUGGAUUCUACUUUCUCACAAGGUCAGGACUCAGUCUUCGAUCCUCUCGGAUUACCUGAUUCUGAUUUAUGUCGAGCUCUACCCACCUCAUGUUCUACGCCAGAAGCCAAUCGCAGAUGUACUUCAAGAGUAGUUUCCAAUGAAAAUCCCUAUGUGAAUGCUGAAGAGAAAAAAAUACACCAGAAUCUUUCAACUGAUUUUAUAUCCGAUCAUAUGAAUAGUGAAAACAAGUAUCCUGAGACCUCAUUACGCUGCACAGAUGUGGAUACCUUAAACUGGAUUUCCAUGGAAUCUGAACCCUCAGAUUUAGAAAAACUAGCUAAUGUCACAUUCAUUGUUAGUGGCUUCGAGAAAUCUGGGAAGUUUGUAUUCAAUCUACUUUCUGAAUUGAAUUUACGUUUAAUUAGCGUGAAUUCAUUCACUGAAUUAAGUACAAUAUUUACACGAUUGGCUAAUGAAGCUCAAAGUCAUACACGACGAAUUUUUGAUGGAGAUUUUAUUAAAGUUUGUAUUCUUGGUGGAAAUCAACUAAUCAAUUUAGUACUACGUGCAUAUGUUAACCAGUUGAGUUGUCGAUCUACAGAACUUGCAACAGCUUUUCGAUUUUUCAUUGUACCAAUUGAUGGUUUGAAUAAAUUUAUUCACAAUUCAUCAGUUCAUCAUAGUCAAAUCAAUUCAGGAAAGAGUAGUAAAACAAUGGAAGUGGGUGUCCAAUUAAAUUUAUCAUCGGGACCACAACAACAACAACAGCAUACUAACGAUUCAUUCAAUGCUACUGUAUCCCGUCAGCCUAAUUCAAGUGAUUCCAAUUUUACGCGUGCUUCCUUAUCAUCAAUCCAAAUAUCCAGUUAUUGCAACAAUUUAUUUGCCUAUCAUCUUUGUCAAAUUGAUCCAAUCUAUAGAAAUUUGUUUUCAGAAUUCUGUGAUGAAUCUGGUUCUUUGGAUGAAGACCAUGCUAUAAAUGUAACAAAUUUAUCAAGUAAAGAAUGUAUUUUGAUAUCAAGAUCAGAAUUAAUGAAACGUAUAGUGAAGUAUGUGACGACCUGUCGAAAUGUUUAUACAUUUCCUAUCGGAUCAUGUCUUCUUGGUUCAUCUAAAAAUACAUCGACUAGUGUAAGUAAAAUGCAAAAGUCUCUGACCACCGAUUGUACUACAUCUGGGAAUGCGGCUUCAACUAAUUCAAAUACUGCAAACCACUUGACUCAAGGAGCUACAGAUCAAUGUUGUAGUCAUCCUGAUGGAGUAUCCGGGUUAACUAAAGGAGCAACUGUCACAGGUAAUCCUGCUCACAGUGAAGAAAUGGUUAUCCCGUUCGUCUUAAAUGUACGCUUAGGUAAUUGUUUAGCCUUAGCUUAUCCAGGCUUAUUCACAACUCUUCCAACACAUCCUAAGUUUCAGCAACAACAACUACUUGGAAAAUCAUUUACUGGAGAUACCUCUUUUCCUAGUUCAGUCAUUGCUACCAACACAAGUGCUGUUGAUUUAGAUUCUAAAACACCCAGUGAUUCAGAACAAUCUCAUACAAAACGCAAUAUAAGUCCCGAAUCAACAGCAUGUGGUACAUUCACUUCACCACGAAUACGUCGAAAUUUUUCGCUAUCAUUUCGAUCAUCUAAAAGAAUACGUAAACGCAAAUCUUCAUGGUCAGAUGGAUCUAAUAGUACUAAUCUUGCUGAUGUACUACACGGGUCACAUUCAUCUACUCAAAGAUGUAGUCAGUCAUCUGUAUUUGGAUCUGAUCAACGCCUUUGGGAUAUACAAAUAGAAUAUUGGUCUACGCCUAAUCUUAAUGUUAUGUCCACUCCUAGUAUUCAAUCUAAUCAGGCAACCACAAUAUCUACUACCGCAAACAAUAAUAUUGCUCCUUGCCCUACAAGUCCACCAAGUACAACAUCUGAUCCUCUUUCACCACCUCGACGGUCUACUCUUAAGACUGUAUCUCCUGGUUUAGUUGUUACAAUAGAUUCAUCAUCUACUUCAGCUUGUAACACUAUAUCUCCACUUCGAAUCAAUGAUAUUUCCAGUCUUGCUGGAGAACCUAAUACUAGUAAUGCAGGCAAUUCACCAUUUCGUCAUGUACAAUUUAACCUAGGUCACACUCAUUCUCAACAAUUAGCUAUUGGAUUGUGGUCAAAAGAAAAGAAACAGAAAAUUAUGCUUAUCGGUCGUAAGGGUAAAGGAUUUAGUUGUCGUUAUGAAUUGAUCAGUGGUAUUCAGCGUCUUUUGUGUACUGGACGGGGAUGUAAUUUGCAUAAUACCAGUUCAUCAAUUACAAGUGGUAACACAGAACGUUCAAAAGAUACCGAAUCUGGUCAUCACCAUCAAUCUUCUACAAUUUGUUCAUCACUGGAUUCAAAUGCUCUUUCUACUGCUGACUGUAAACCUUCAAAUUCAAUAUCUGCUCUAGGAUUAGCUUUAACUGGUGGUGGUAACUCAGGAUUUGGUGUAAAUACUAAUCAUAUGAUGAGAGUUUGGAUAGAUGGUGUUGAAUGGACAAAUUUGAAAUUCUUUCAAAUUACUCCUGUUUGGCGAACACAUGUGAAGUUUUUCCUGUUGUUCUUCUGA